AUGGACGAUUUGGGUGAGGGGAUUGAGAGGCAACCCCAGACUUUGGCGAUUGAGGAUGCUGUCAAAGUCCUCUUACAAGGUUUGGGAGAGGAUAUCAAUAGAGAAGGAAUCAAAAAGACUCCAUUUCGUGUUGCCAAGGCGCUGCGAGAAGCCACUAAAGGAUAUAAGCAAAAGGUGAAGGACAUAGUUGAGGGAGCUUUGUUCCCCGAAGCCGGUCUGGAUGCUGCAGUGGGAGAUGCAGGCGGAGCUGGGGGCCUCGUUGUGGUCCGAGAUCUCGAUCUAUUCUCCUACUGUGAGUCAUGCAUGCUUCCUUUCCAGUUCAAGUGCCACGUCGGUUACAUUCCAUCAGGCCAGAGAGUUUUAGGGUUAAGCAAGCUUUCCAGGGUGGCUGAUGUCUUCGCCAAGCGACUCCAGGACCCACAGCGCCUAGCCGAUGAAGUCUGUUCCGCGCUUCACCGUUGGAUCAAGCCAACAGGUGUUGCCAUCGUGCUCGAAUGCUGGCAUCCGAGCUUGGAGUCCUUCGUUAUGGACUCCAAUCGCGAGGGAUGGUCGAGCUGGGUUUUGGUUCGUUCGGGUUCAGGUGUUUUUGACAAUGUUGAUGAGGGUGAAAGCUGGAACGACUUUUUGAGCCUUCUGAAGUUCAAGUUUGUAGCUCCAUGGUCACGGUCGCGAUCUUGUUCGAGUCUGAAGGUUUCUUAUAAAGAGGGACAACUCGACUCAGGGAUGGUUACCGCGGUGGAUUCGAUCCUCAGGUGUUUAGGGGAAGACCCAGUGAGAGAAGAGCUAGUUGGCACUCCGGUUCGUUUCGUGAAGUGGCUGAUGAAUUUUCGAAACACCGGUUUCGAGAUGAAGUUGAAUGGGUUUGUCUAUGGUAAAAAUCUAGCAAACCACAAGGAAGAGCAGUUGCAGAUAGAGUUAAACUUGUCAUUUUGGUCUCAGUGUGAGCACCAUUUGCUGCCCUUUUAUGGAGUCGUGCAUAUUGGGUACUUCGGGUUCAAUCGUGUUCCCAAGUCCCUUCUGCGAUCGAUAGUGCAUUUUUACGGUUUCAAGCUCCAAGUUCAAGAAAGACUGACCAGGCAAAUUGCAGAGGUUGUUUCUUCUUUGGUAGGUGGAGAUGUCAUGGUGGUUGUAGAGGCUGCACACACAUGUAUGAUUUCGAGAGGCAUUGAGAAGUUUGGAAGUAGUACUGCCACAAUUGCGGUUCUGGGACGAUUUUCAGCCGAACCUGGUGCAAGAGCCAUGUUUUUGGAGAGCCUCCCAAAUAGUAGUAUUGAGUUGGGACCAUCUUGA